AUGGCCGAAUCAGUAGCUCCCGGCCUCACUCCCGAGCAGCUCUCAUCCUUCAACAAGGACGGCUACCUCAUCAUCCAAAAUGCCCUCCGCCCCGAAACCGUCACCUCUCUCCUAACAGAGACUCACAGCCUGCUGGAGAACUUCUCCCUCAAGGACCACCCCCUCACGCGCUUCUCCACCAUCGACAAGUCCGACCAUGUCGGCGACGACUACUUCCUCUCGUCGGGGGACAAGGUCCGCUUCUUCUUCGAGGAGGACGCCUUUGACGAGGCGGGCAACCUGACGAAGCCAAAGGAGCGCGCCGUCAACAAGAUUGGACAUUACCUGCACGCUCUAUCACCGCCGUUUGCUCGUCUUAUUGAUUCAAAGGCCACUAGUAGCUCAGGCGAGGUCAGCCCUGCGGCGGUGGCGAGGGACCUCGGCUUCAAGGACGCCAGAUGUCUGCAGAGCAUGGUCAUCUGCAAGCAGCCCGAGAUUGGCGGUGCCGUGCCGCCGCACCAGGACUCGACUUUCUUGUACACCAGCGCGCCGUCAGCCGUGGGUUUCUGGUACGCGCUGGAGGAUGCCACGCUGGAGAAUGGGUGCUUGAGCUUUUUGCCCGGGUCGCAUCGCUGGGCGCCGAUUGAGAAGAGGCUGGUGCGCAAGGCGGGCGGCGCGGGGACGGAGGUUGUGGACAAUGAUGGGCUGAAGUUUCCUCCGGGGGAGGAGUAUGGAAGUGAUGACAAGGGCGGGGAGUAUGUCCCUGGGGAAGUGAAGGCGGGAGAUUUGGUGCUGAUUCAUGGCAACACGCUGCAUAAGAGCGGGAGGAAUACGAGCCAGAAGGGGAGAAUCAUUUAUACGUUUCAUGUUAUUGAGGGAGAGGGCAGGGAGUAUGAUGAGAGGAAUUGGCUGCAGCCGCCGAGGGAAGGGUUCACCAAAUUGUUUGUCUAA